GUAAUCUAAUCAUGGAUGUUUCGACAUAUUUGCUCUUUGCCUUUCUGAGUAGCGGAGCUCUGCUCUAUCUUGUUCCAGCUCAAGGUCAAUCAGGCUUCAUAAGCUUGGAUUGUGGGUUGCCACCAAACACAAACUACAUUGAACCAACAACAACACUUCAAUUUACUUCUGAUGCUGCUUAUAUAAGCAGUGGUAAAAGCAAAAGCUUGUCCUCUACUUAUAACGAACUUCUACAGCGACAAUAUCUUCAUGUUAGAAGCUUUCCCCAAGGACGUAGGAAUUGCUACAAUAUAAGUGUAAAAAAGAAUACAAAGUAUUUGAUGCGAGCAAGUUUUUUCUAUGGAAAUUACGAUGGGCUCAACCAACUGCCAAAAUUCAAUCUCUACUUUGGAGAUAGCUUAUGGAGUACGGUGAAUUUUACUGAUGAAAACAUAGAUAGAACAAUAGAUUCCAUACAUGUAACCUCAAACAAUCAUGUACAAAUUUGUCUCAUCAACACAAACACUGGAAUUCCAUUCAUCUCUACAUUGGAAUUCAGACCUUUGCCAAAUGAGACUUAUGAGAUGUUGACAAGAUCGUUGUUACUUUACAACCGAUUAGAUAUGGGUACAACGAAUAAUCAAACAUACAGGUUUCCUAGUGAUAUAUAUGAUCGAUUUUGGCCGCCCUUCAAUUGGCCUGAGUGGACAAGCAUAAGUACCACACUUAUGAUAGAUUCAACUUAUGAUAGUUAUGAACCAGGGUCAUCUGUCAUGGGAACUGCAGCUGUUAGAAUAGAUACCAAAAAGCCUAUGGAUAUUUGGUGGGAGCCUGAAGAUGUAAACACCCAGUAUUAUGUAUAUAUGCACUUUGCGGAAGUUGAAAAUCUCCAAGCCAAUCAAACCAGAGGAUUCAAUAUCACUUAUAGUGGGAGACUUUGGUAUGGUCCUCUCAUAACCAGCUACUUGUCAGCACAAACAGUUUAUAGUACAAGGCCAUUAACAACACCAAAAGAUAAGCAUCUAUUCUCACUUAUACCAAUUGAAAAUUCAACACACCCUCCAAUCAUAAAUGCCAUGGAAAUUUAUUCUGUAAUAGAUCUGUCAGAGCUAGCAUCAGAUCAAGGAGAUGUGGAUGCAAUAACAAGCAUCAAGUCAACAUAUGGAAUAGUCAGAGAUUGGGCUGGAGAUCCAUGCGUUCCAAGAGCAUACCCUUGGGAGGGUAUAGAUUGUACCAAAACAAAUGAAACUGCUCCUAGAAUUGUGUCUUUGAAUUUGUCAUCAAGUGGAUUGACAGGAGAGAUUUCUCAAAGUAUAAAGAAUCUACAAAUGCUAGAAAUAUUGGACUUGUCAAACAAUGACUUGACGGGAAAUAUCCCAGAUUUUCUCUCGAACUUAUCAAACCUUCGAGUCUUAAAGUUAGAUAACAACAAGCUCACAGGCUCUGUUCCAUCUGAACUCCUAAAGAGAGUCGAUGAUGGUUCAUUAUCAUUAAGUUUUCAAGGGAAUCCAAAUCUAGCUUGUACAUCAGAUUCGUGCAAGAGUAAGAAGAAGACGACUAGUAUUGUUAUUCCAAUUGUAGCAUCAGUUGGUGGAUUCAUAGGCAUCGUGGUAGUUUCAAUCAUCGUUCUUUUAAUUGUUAAAUCAAGGAAGAAACGACAAAAUAAAACCGUUCUUCCAAAAGUGGAUCCCUCAGGACCCAACGACCAAAUAAGUGAUCAGUUCUUGGAGACAAGGAGGCGGCAGUUCACAUAUUCAGAAGUCUUGAGGAUGACCAAUAAUUUCGAGAGAAUUCUAGGAAAAGGAGGUUUUGGGAUAGUUUACUAUGGCACUAUAGACAAAACUCAAGUGGCCGUGAAGAUGCUUUCACAAGCUUCAGGUCAUGGUUAUCAGCAGUUUCAAGCAGAGGUUACACUUCUUUUGCGAGUUCACCAUAAAAAUUUGACAAGUCUUGUGGGAUAUUUGAAUGAAGGAGACCGCCUUGGUCUCAUUUAUGAGUUCAUGGCCAAAGGAAACUUAGCAGAGCAUCUUUCUGAAACGAGUUCAUAUGUGCUAAGUUGGCAAGAUAGGCUCCGGAUAGCAAUGGAUGCAGCACAAGGAUUGGAGUACCUACACGAUGGUUGCAAGCCACCCAUAAUCCACAGAGAUGUGAAAACAACAAACAUCUUAUUGACAGAGAAUUUCCAAGCAAAACUUGCAGAUUUUGGUUUAUCCAAAAGCUUCCCAGUAGAUGCCAACAAGACGAACAACUACAUGUCCACCGUUGUUGCUGGCACCCCUGGUUACCUUGAUCCAGACUACUACUUAUCGAACAGGCUGACGGAGAAAAGCGACGUGUACAGCUUUGGAGUAGCUCUACUGGAGAUAAUCACCUGCAGACCUGUGAUAUCAAGAAGUGAAGAAAAUGUUCAUAUUAGUAAAUGGGUAAACUCGAUGGCGGCUCAAGGGGACAUAAAUGGGAUAGUGGAUGAAAGAUUGAGAGGAAAAUAUGAUGCUAACUCAGUUUGGAAGGCAGUGGAGGUGGCGUUGAAUUGUGUAUCUGGGAGCUCUGCAAGAAGACCAACGAUGAACCAUGUGGUGGCGGAACUGAAGAGUUGUUUAGCCAUAGAAUUGGAACGAACGCCGGAGAGUGGAGGUUAUAAUUCGACGAAUUCCGUCAAUGUGAUGUCCAUUAUAAUGGAUUACAGUGAAGCCACUCCAAUGGCUAGAUGAAAAAGUGUUGAAUUUCCGAUGGAGAUUGCCGGAUCUUGUUGACUUUACGUUGGAUUGUAAACUAAUAUCACUUCUAGUUGGAUUGUAAAGUUUAAUUAAACUAAGAAAUAAACAUUUUAUUUUAUGGUUUUCAAAGAAAGUCAAAGUAUUUAUAUAUUUACAA